AUGUUCUCAGAGCCAUCAAUAUGUGGUGAUACCCAUUUUUCGGAUAGAUACGACAUUGAAGAACCAGCCGCCGGGCCCAGAACUGUAUUGGAGGAACUUGCGUCCUCAGCGCGGGGUUCAUGUCUCUUUUGCUUAAUGGCAGAAAAGUUUGGCCGAAAGCUCACGGUAUUCGAAGGUUGUCUUUGUAACAUCAAAGGAGGGGGGAGGAGGGUGAAGGAAAAAUAUUUUUCUAGAGCCUCGUGUAAUGAUAAAAUACUUUUGUGA